UUAUGUGCAGGACGUGAUAAUUUUCCAAAAUUAUCAAACAUCAAAAAAAAAAAAUUUUUUUUCGAAAUGGGUCUAACCAGUUAUGUUUUUGAAUCAGAUCAAACAACUCCCACCCCUCCAACCCCUAAAACUAUAUUUUUAAAGGUUAUUUUGUUUUAAGAAAGGACUAGUUCUUAUUGAAAUAAAAUAUAUAAAAAACUCCCAAAAAAAAUAUAAAAAAAACAACCUCUUUUGUAUCUACAAAUAGGUCAAAUCAUAUUUAUAAAAUCUAAAAAAAAAUACCCCAACCCCCCCUCCAAAUCCUUCUUCCCAAGAUGUCUGCUGCUGACGCUAUUCAAGAAUCUUUAGAAAAGUUAAACAUUGAUUCUGCUGCUGCCCCAGCUACUGAAGAUGCUGCUGCUGCUCCUGUAGCCGCUGCCGCUGGUACUUCUGCUCCUGUUGAAGGUGAAGAACAAGGUGACGCUUCUGCUGUUGCUGAUAGUUCUGCUUCUUUAUAUGUUGGUGAAUUGAACUUAAACAUUAAUGAAGCCACUUUAUUUGAAAUCUUUUCUCCAAUCGGUCAAGUUUCAUCCAUUAGAGUUUGUCGUGAUGCUAUUUCUAAAAAAUCUUUAGGUUAUGCUUAUGUUAAUUAUCAUAAACUUGAUGAUGGUGAAAAAGCUAUUGAAGAUUUAAACUAUACUCUUAUUGAAGGUAGACCAUGUAGAAUUAUGUGGUCUCAAAGAGAUCCUUCUGCUAGAAGAACUGGUGAUGGUAAUAUCUUUAUUAAAAACUUACAUCCUGCUAUUGAUAAUAAAGCUUUACAUGAUACCUUUUCUGCUUUUGGUAAAAUCUUAUCUUGUAAGGUUGCCACUGAUGAUUUAGGUCAAUCUAAAUGUUUUGGUUUUGUUCAUUAUGAAACUGCUGAAGCUGCUGAAGCUGCCAUUGAAAAUGUUAACGGUAUGUUAUUAAAUGAUCGUGAAGUUUUCGUUGGUAAACAUAUCUCCAAAAAAGAUCGUGAAUCUAAAUUUGAAGAAAUGAAAGCUAACUUCACUAAUGUUUAUGUUAAAAACAUUGAUUUAGAAUUUUCUGAUGAAGAAUUUAAAACUUUAUUUGAAGCUUAUGGUAGAAUUAAUUCUAUUUAUUUAGAAAAAGAUAAUGAAGGUAAAUCUAAAGGUUUUGGUUUUGUUGAUUUCGCUGAACAUCAAUCUGCUUCUAAAGCUGUUGAUGAAUUAAAUGAUAAAGAAAUUAAUGGUCAAAAGAUUUAUGUUGGUAGAGCUCAAAAAAAGAGAGAAAGAAUUGAAGAAUUAAAAAAACAAUAUGAAUCAACUAGAUUAGAAAAAUUAUCUAAAUAUCAAGGUGUUAAUUUAUUUGUUAAGAAUUUAGAUGAAACUGUUGAUUCUGAAAAAUUAGAAGAAGAAUUUAAACCAUUUGGUUCAAUUACUUCUGCUAGAGUUAUGGUUGAUGAAGCUGGUAAAUCUAAGGGUUUUGGUUUUGUUUGUUUCUCAACUCCAGAAGAAGCUACCAAAGCCAUUACUGAAAUGAAUCAAAGAAUGUUUGUUGGUAAACCAUUAUAUGUUGCUUUAGCUCAAAGAAAAGAUGUUAGAAGAUCUCAAUUAGAACAACAAAUUCAAGCUAGAAAUCAAAUGAGAAUGCAAAAUGCUGCUGCUACCGGAGGUAUUCCAGGUCAAUUCAUUCCACCAAUGUUUUAUGGUCAACAAGGUUUUUUCCCUCCAAAUGGUAGAGGUAAUGCUCCAUUCCCAGGUCCAAAUCCUCAAAUGAUGAUGAGAAGAAAUCAACCAUUUGGUGGACCAGAACAAUGGGCUAGACCAGGACCAAAUGGUCAACCAGUUCCAGUUUAUGGAUUACCACCUCAAGGUUAUCCAGAUUUCAACAAUGGUCAACAACAACAACAAGUCCGUCAAAACAGAGGUGGAUAUUUCCCAAACAACCGUGGUCAACAACAACAACAACAACAACAAAAGGGUGGUAGACCACAAAGAGAUUUAGGUGCUAUUCUUGCAAGUGCUCCACCUGAUCAACAUAAAAGAAUUUUAGGUGAAGAAUUAUAUCCUAAGGUUGUUUCUACUGGUAAAGCUCAAGGUCCAGAAGCUGCUGGUAAAAUUACUGGUAUGAUGUUAGAUUUAGAUAAUCAAGAAAUCUUAGCUUUAUUAGAAGAUGAUGAAUUAUUUAACAGUCAUUUUGAAGAUGCUUUAACUGCUUUUGAAGAAUAUAAAAAAUCUGAAGCUGGUGCCGGAUCUGAAAUCCCAGCUUCUGAAUAAAUGGAUUAGCUAAUUCCAUUUAUUUUGAAAUUUUCUUUUUAAGAACAUAUGAUUAUAAAGGUUAAGAGGAAGACUUUAAUUAGUCUUUUUGUUUUUCUAAUACUUUAUCAAUCUAUUUUCUUGUGUAUUCUAUUUUUUUAACUUAUAUAAAUGUAAUAUUUUCCAUUCAAUUGGAAAGUAAGGGUUUAUGGAUUUAUUUUAUAUAUACAAACAUAUAAAAAUAGGAAAAAAAUUUGAAAAA